AUGAGUAUAAGCCGAGGGAAAUAUAUAGUCUUGGGCGAGGCGAAUAUAGUAUGCACUGCCCUACGGCGUGAUCUUCAAAAGGCAAAUCGAUGGGACUCGCACGAUCCCCAGGUGGACGAAGAUCCCCAGAUCCAGAUAUUCCAGGAGCUCAAAUUAAAACUGAAUCAAGCCCAAGACCUAUCCGAAAUCCAGCCACUGGACUAUCUUGUUCCGUUCUUCGAAGUCAUCCAAAGUGAAGACUUGCUCGGGCCAAUUACUGGUCUCGCUCUUAGCACCGUCAAUAAGUUUCUCUCGUAUGGAUUGAUCGAUCCUGCUCAUCCGCAGAGUUCUGAAGUGGUCGAAAGGCUGGCUGAAAGUGUGACGAGAGCGCGUUUUCGCGGAACUGUUCCUGCAAACGAUGAAGUUGUUUUGAUGAAGAUUAUUCAAGUCCUUCGAACUCUUGUUCUCACCCCAAUCGGACAGCUUUUGACGAACGAAACUGUCAGAGAAAUCAUGGUAUCCUGUUUCAGAAUUUGCUUCCAAAUGGUUUUCUCUGAACUGCUACGUAAAACAGCGGAGCAUACGCUUGUCGAUGUUGUUCAGCUUCUGUUCUCUCGACUGGAUAAUUACAAGGGGAGAGCAUCGAUGCUAGGCCCUGAAGAAGCUCUUGAGGAGCCAGUAAAGACCCCAGUUGCCGAGUCAUUGGAGCCGCCACAAGAGUCGAUCGAAGAAGAGAGUCAUGAUCAGCUAAAUGAGACAGAAGAAGGCGAUGACAACGCGAUUGAAACUGCUGAAGAAGCGACAGAAGACCCUGUCGUCCGGGACUAUAACAUGUCCACUGCUGAGGUCGGCAUGGCGAAUCCAGAAGACGAUCCUGUCAUCGUCGAGUCAAGCGCGCUCCUAGAAGACGAAACGGAAGAAAGCAGACCAUAUGGUUUGCCACUUGUCGUCGACCUUUUCACUUUUCUCGCCUCGCUCAUCGACCAACAUGAGCGGCAAAAUCCCGACUUGAUGAUCAAAACCGGCCUUUCCUUGAUCAUGGUUGCUCUUGAAGUCGCUCGCGAUGACAUUUCUGAAAUUCCAGAGCUCUUGGAAAUCGUUCAAAAUGAUAUCUCGAAGCAUUUGUAUCAAAUGCUCUCAUGUGAUAAGCUUUCUUUGGUAGCUUCGUCUCUUCGCGUAUCUCUCCUGCUUUUCGAAGCUCUGAGGCCUCAUCUGAAGUAUCAGCUCGAGGAAUAUCUCAAACGAAUGUUGGAGAUCGUCAAAGACACCAAAAACCCCAACUAUUCUUACGAGCUGCGCGAGGUUAUCCUUGACAGUCUUGUCCAGUUCUUCCAUCUGCCUGGAAUGGCAACAGAACUCUAUCUCAACUACGACUGCGACAGCCACUGCAGUAAUUUGUACGAAGAUACGAUGAAGCUUUUGUCAAAACAAGCGUUCACCAGUGGAAACAUCAUGCUUUCAACGAACCUAAUCAGUCUUGAUGGCCUCUGUGCACUUGUCGAUUCAAUCGAGGAAAACUGUAAUUCCGACAGCAAGACCGACGGUAACACGGAAAAGAACACUAGCCCGUACAAUUUGGACAGUGGAAUUAUGAUCGCGAAAAAAACUUUCAAGAAGCAAUCAUCUAAUCCGCCAAGAUCAAUUCGAGUAAGCACUCGUGCUCCUCCAAGAUUUUCAUCAAACCAGCCCUCUGUCGAGGAAAUUCUGAUCAUCAAGCAAAAGAAGAAACUCUUCGCAGCUGGCACAGAGCUUUUCAAUCAAAAGCCGAAGAAGGGCAUCGCGUUUUUGGAAGAACAAGGCCUCAUGGGUUCAAAAGAUUGGCCAGCGAUUGCCAAGUGGUUGCGGACGAAUCCUGCUUUGAGCAAGAAAGAGAUUGGGGAAUUCAUCUCCGGUCGGCACGCGGGUGAACUCUUGACGGCGUUUUUGGACACGUUCGAUUUUACCGGCCAGAGGAUCGAUGAAGGCCUGAGAAGCUUUUUGAAUACUUUCCGAUUACCUGGCGAAGCACCAGUUAUUCAGCGACUGCUCGAGGCUUUUGCCAGACCUUGGCAUGAAGCUAAUGGCAACUGCUUCCAUAAUGAUGAUUCUGUCGUUGUUUUAGCUUAUGCAGUGAUUAUGUUGAACACAGAUCAGCAUAAUGCGAACGUAGCGAAAAACGCGGAGCCGAUGAAAGUUCAAAACUUCAAGUCGAAUGUUCGCGGUUGCGACGGCGAUAAAGACUUUGAUCAGGACAUGCUCGAAGCGAUCUUCAACAACAUUAGAGACAACGAAAUCGUCCUCGCCGAAGAGCAAAAAGGCUCACUAAAAGACGACUGGAUCUGGUCAACCAUCCAGCAGCGCUCAAAAUUGCCAGAAGGAAUCUACAUUCAAGUUCCUAAGCCGCAAAUGUACGACUCUGAACUUUUCGAAAUUACUUGGGGGCCGACUGUUCACGCUCUUGGCUUCGCAUUCGACAGGUCAAACGAUCCGUCGAUCAUUCAACGAGCCGUGGCUGGGUUCCGCAAGUGCGCAAAAAUCAGUGCAUAUUAUGGAAAAUCCGACGUUUUCGACAAUUUGAUCAUCACUCUCUGUAAGAAAACGCAACUUUCGACCUCUGCAGAGGCCCUGGAAAUUGUCUCUACAUCGCUGGGAACGAAUUCGAAGGCGAGAUUAGCUGCUCGGGCAGUUUUCACCUUGUCGAAUCGGCAUGGCGAUAUUAUCAGAGAGGGAUGGCGAAAUAUUCUUGAUCUGUUGUUGCCUCUCUUCCGCAGCAACUUACUCCCGGAGGACAUGGCUCACGGAGAAGACUUUGUUGACGGGCAAAUCUUACUCGUUCGGGACGAAGCGAAAGUGCCACAAAAAGAAGGCGGCGGUGUCUUUUCAUCCUUUUAUUCAAUGUUCACAGGUGGCGCAGAAGGUGGCGCUAAGUCAGAAUCUGACGCUGCUCUAAAACUCGCAAGAGAGUUCGUUAUUGAACUUCAGCCCGAAAACAUCGUGACUGAGUCCAAAUUCCUUCGGCUAGACUCGCUGCACGAGCUUGUGAAAACGCUCAUUAUUGCGUCGCGCAGUGCGGAAACGCAUGAGUCAUUGGGUACGCACUACUCGGAAGAGUCUGCAGUGUUCUAUCUUGAAGUUCUCUUCCGCAUCGUUGUGCAGAAUAGAGAUCGUAUUCUGAGCUUCUGGGGCCAGGUUAGACAGCAUCUCGUUGACAUCAUUUCGUCCGCUACCGAGCAUACUUUCCUACUUGAACGCGCUGUCACGGGACUUCUUCGACUGGCCAUCCGACUUCUCCAUCGAGAAGACCUUCAACAACCCGUCCUUAACUCCCUUCAAAUCAUCCUCCUCGUCUGCCCGAAGAUCAUCCCUCGUCUGUACAGACAAAUUGCCUAUGGACUCCACGAGCUUUUGCAAAAAUGUGGCGCGGAUAUUCAUUCCUCAGAAGACUGGUUCACUAUUUUCCUUCUUUUGAAGACGGCUGGAGCAGGUUUGCUGCUUGAAUCGAAGAAAGAGAAGGCGGAAGAAAAUCAAGGAGAAGAGGAAGGAGCGGAGCAGCGAAGUUUGAACAACUCGCGGGCUGGAUCUGAAGCAGACCUGAGCCAAGCUUCGGGGAUGUCAGAUAAUGAAUCUGAAGGAGGCAACGUGUCUGAUCGCGGCUACACAAGUGAUAACGACGCUCCUGCGGAAGCUACAAUCAGAUUGAACGGAGUAGUACGCCAAAAAAGCCUCCACAAAGAAUCAACCGAGGGGCAGAAUGAGUUCUCACUCGCCUAUCACACUGAAGUCGGCCCACAUGAUCCAAGGGCUCUUAUCCGAGCCACAGAAUCCCUUGCUUUCCUCGUCCGAGAUACCGCGCAUAUAACACCAGCAAACUUUGAAAUUUGUGUCGAUACAAUUCGAGCGUUUGUUGAAGCUUCGAUAAACGGUGUAAACAAGAACCUUACACCUUCGAAAAAGUCAUCACGAAGUCGAAGAAAGCGUAGCACAUCUGAAAAGACGACGGAAUCCGCCUCAACUGAGGACUAUCAAAAAGUCUCAAUGCAACUUCUUGAGUUGCUACAGACUCUUCAUACCAGAGCAGGGCGAAUUUUCAGAAGUUGGAAUGAAGAUUCAAUCGACAUUAACAACUUGUGGGAGGCUGGUUGGUGCCCGCUACUCGAGGGAAUCGCCCGUAUGUGCUGCGAUAUUCGACGUGGAAUCCGAACGCAUGCAUUCAAUUGCCUAUCAAGUGCGCUGCUUGUUCAAGAUCUUCAAGUUCUCGAUGGCACUCAAUGGGAAGCGUGCUUCCACAAAGUUCUCUUCCCCUUGCUCACUAGAUUAUUAGAAAACAUUUCACCACAUGACCCAAAUUCAAUGGACGAGACCAGAAUGCGCGCUGCUUCACUUUUGUCGAAGGUCUUUCUUCAACAUCUGAAGGAUCUGCUUACCUCUCCGACAUUCAAAGCAUGCUGGCUCACCAUUUUAGACUUUAUGGACAAAUACAUGCGCGUUGGUAAUCGAGAUUUACUGUGCGAGGCGAUUCCUGAAAGCUUGAAGAACAUGCUUCUGGUGAUGGAUACCGCUGGAAUCUUUCACAAUCCUGACACUGGUUACACCGAUCUGUGGCAAGUCACUUGGGACAGAAUCGACGUUUUUCUGCCAAAUCUCAAGCAGGAGCUUUUCAAAGAAACGCAACAACCAGAGCACCUCAUGCCACCAGCAGUUCCAGAACUUGAAAGAGCUCCUGGUAUGACUCAUCAAAAUUUAUUGACGAUGAACCAAGCUGCUGAUAACAUGGGAACGACCAUUGGAAUCGCUGCUAAUCCCCUUUACGCAGCUGCUGCGCCAAUGCUCGCGGAUCAACAACCUGUGGUUACAUCCCCGAUCCCCGCUGCGGCCUCUCCAGUCGCUUCUCCGACUCCAGAGGUCCAGCAAAACCCUGUUGAAGCGAAACCAAUCGAAGUUGAACCAACAGUUGCCAGCCCUGAAAGUCCGCCCGUCGAGCCCACGCCUCAAGAAUCGUCUUCCACACCCAGUCUUGAAGAAAACAAGAGCGCACCCGCAAGUGGCAACUUAUUGUUCGACCAAAGCGUUCUCCAAGGAAUCCCAAAGCUCGAAUCACCAAUUCUUGCGCCACCAGUUUCCGAAUCGAGCUCUGCAACUCCUCCACUGACGGGAUCCGACUCUCUAGCUGCAGUCAUUGCAGAUUUAAAUAAGACUCUUUCGCAAGCUCCCUUACCCGUGACGUCUAGUGCCACUCAUAUUCCCGAGUUCACUGGAGCCUCAUCAUUCUUCCAAUCCAGCGCGGCUGAACCCGGUUCUGUUUUCGACGAACUCGAGAAAGGCCAACCCGAUCUUAGAUAA